AUGCGGUUCUACCGCAACAUGAGCGUCUUCAACGUGUCCGGCGUGGUGCAGCAGCGCGCGGCGCACGACUACGACCGCCCGCUCGACGUCGUCAGCGACCGGCGCAAGCGUAAGGCGGAGCCGGCGGAGGCUCCGCCCGUCGGCUUCUUCUGGAGGUUGCGCGCCGAUUUGCGCUCGUCGCUUGUCACGAUGGCGCGGCGCAGGCUGCCGGACGCGCUCAAGGAGGGGCGAGCCGAGGUGCUGUCGCACGACCAGGAGAAGCUGCUGCGCCGCGAGGAGGCGGUGCAGCGGCAGCUCAACGCCGCGGUCGAGAGGUACGCCGCCGCGCUCGAGCUCUUCGACCAGUGGCGCGCGCAGGGCGUGAAGACCGCCGCCGAGCUCGAGCGGGCGCUGGGCGGCAAGUCCGAGCCCGAGCAGCUGGCGGAGCUGCGCCGCCAGAUCGAGAUGCGGACAGCGGCGCCUCCUCAGCUGCGGGUCCGCUCGAUCAAGACCCUGGGCACCGCCGACGCGGACGUGCUGCGCCUGGAGCAGCAGAGCAUCUUCAACGUCUCGAACCUCCUCCCGAAGGCGAAGGCCGCGCGGGAGCGGCGCGAGGCGGCGGGCAUCUCGGACAGCGUCGAGGUGCGGCAGGACCGCGAAGCCCCCCCCUUCGACACGCGACUCGUGGGCAAGUGGCUCGAGGUGUGCUGGCCAUACAAGGAGGAAGGUAGGACGGUCAAGAUCUGGGCCGCCGGCAGGGUGAAGCGCGUCGCGGACGGCCUCACCGACAAGAGGAGCCCGCGCGCACGCAAGAUCCUCCCGGCCGGCAUGCUGCUCUGGGCUUGGGACGCCGACCCCGAGUACGACGAGCCGGCGGGGGAGAGAUGGAUCGCCUUUCUUCCCGAGAAGUGGAACAGGCCCGUCUCAUAUGGGUGGCGGCUCGAUCCCCGCGAGCUGGGCGCCACCGGCCCGCCCCGCACGCCGCUCAUUGAAGAGGAGGAGGAGGAGGAGGCGCCGCGCGCGCGCCGGUGA